AUGGAUGGUGGGGUGUAUAGGGAUGAAGGGGGUGAAGGAGAUGAUGAUUGUGAUGGGGAUGAUGGAGAUAAUGGAGAUGAUCGAGCUGAUGGAGAUGAUGAGGAUGAUGGGGGUGAUGGGGAUGAAGAGGGUGAUGGAGAUGAUGGAGAUGAUGGGGAUGAUUGGGGUGAUGGGGGUGAAGGGGGUGAUGGAGAUGAUGGAGAUUAUGGGGGUGAUGGGGAUUAUGGGGAUGAUGGAGUUGAUGGAGAUGAUGGAGAUGAUAGGGAUGAUGGGGAUGAUGGGGGUGAUGGGAUGAAGGGGGUGAAGGGGGUGAAGGAGAUGAUGGGUGUGAUGGGGAUGAUGGAGAUGAUGGAGAUGAUCGAGAUGAUGGAGGUGAUGGGGAUGAUGGAGAUGAUGGAGAUGAUAGGGAUGAUGGGGAUGAUGGGGGUGAUGGGGAUGAAGGGGGUGAAGGAGAUGAUGGGUGUGAUGGAGAUGAUUGGGAUGAUGGGGGUGUAG